AUGAAGCUCCGAAGAGGGGAUGCCCAGUUCGGAGGGCCGGUUCCGGCUGGCCCUCCAGCUGCUCUCAUCGUCACCACCACCGCCGCCGCCGCCGCCAUCACCAGCACCAGCAUCAGAAGCAUCACCAUCGCCAUCAUUGGUCAGCCGGCCAGCGACCCCACCCAGACAAUCAUGGGUUGA